AUGCGGGUAACCGGCGGGAUGUUCACUCCAAGGCACGCGCCAUUAAAAGAAGGCCGAUCUCUGCCUGGUCUGCCUUACGGCGGUCCUCCACGACGCGGCCUGAGAUCACGACAAGGAGCUUUAUUGAUAAUAGUCCUACUAUGUGUACCUUUAAUUUAUUUUCUGCAUUCUAGCGGACCCUCUAAUCCCACAGUCUCAUCAUCAAGCGAUCCAUCGUCAAACCAUUGGUCUAAUGACGCUUCCUUAAAUUUGGAUGGAGGAGUUUUGCAACCCGGUCCAAAUGGAGUUCCCCAACACCAUGACUCCUCACAGUCACAUGUUGGCCUUGAGCCCGCCAAUGAGGCCCCCACUGCUGAAAAUCCUUUUGCGUCUCCAGCUAAGGAAGUGCCGUUCGCCAAGCCGAAAAAGCCCUCAGUCGCAAAUGGUUUCGAAGCGGAGCCUACCCCUCUGAGAGACAGUGACAGGAACGCAAAGCCGAAGUCCCACGGGAACGUUGACGAGGGUUCGGUCACCUUUGCUGAGCGACCAAAGUUCGAAAAGGCACUUGCCCGAGUGCUUGCACUGCUACCUGGCGAGAUGGAGGGCCGAGAUUUGCUUCGACAAGUUGAGGGUACCGGCAAGGAGAAACUUCGCGAGAUGGGUCUCCGUGUCCGCGAAUACAAGAAGUUUUUCGAGGCUUGGGAGGCCUUGCACCUGAGCUUUGAUGAAGAAGGCGGCAGCUACGUCCGCGACGAUGUGAUUCAGUAUCUACGACAUCACAAUCAUCAGCCUCCUGAGGAAAUGUCAGGAGCGGAACUCGCCACAACCAUCCACUCAUACGAAGCUUACCGAUAUUUCCUGGUCAAAUUCGGCCAGAUGCUGUUCCCUUGGACCGCCCCAUACUUCCCUGAUCACAUGACUCUCCACUCACACUUCAAAAAGGGAGGUCGCGGUAUCGUUCUCACGGCAGGGGAUGAUCAGGCGCCGUUUCUCUUGACAACAAUCCCCACGUUUAGGAAGCUGGGAUGCAACCUUCCUAUUGAGGUCAUGUACCUCGGAGAUUCGGAUCUGAGCGAAGAUUAUAGGCAGGAAUUGGAAGAUCUCGAUGGCGUUAUCACUCGUGAUAUCGCGCAGAUGGUCAAUGACGAAGGCUGGAAACUAGCUGGCUGGGCUGCGAAACCGUUCGCCAUCUUACUCUCAAGCUUUCGAGAAGUCAUUUUCAUCGAUGCUGACAGCUUGUUCUUCACCAAUCCCGAGGUGCUCUUCGAUGAUCCGGCUUAUCAAAAGACCGGCGCUCUUUUCUUCAAGGAUCGUUUGAUUAUGCCGGAAAACAAAAAGCGAUGGCUUCAACAAAUUCUACCAAAGCCCAUAUCCAGACAAGUCAAGCAGAGUCGAUUCUGGACAGGUGACAGCGGUCACAUGCAAGAAUCAGGAGUUGUUGUGGUUGACAAGUGGCGCCACUUUGUUGCACUGUUACUCGUCACGAGAAUGAAUGGUCCCGAUAGAGACGGGAACAAAGACGAAGGUCGAGUGGGUGUUUAUGACAUGGUCUAUGGUGACAAAGAGACAUUCUGGAUUGGCUGGGAACUUGUCGGCGACAUGGAAUAUUCUUUCCACGGUGGAGAUGCAGGCAUUAUGGGCACUGUUCAAUCACAUGAGCUUACAGAGGAGGAGAAGGCAGAGAAGGCCAAGAAGAAGCAAAAUAAGAACAAACCUUUCGACGGCGAGGCACCUCAUGAUGGAGAACGUACCGAGCCCGUCGAAGAACCAGAAGAAGAGGAAGACCCCCUAGCCGAGGAAGAACCGUCCACGUACUCGAUAUGUGCCCCUCAACUCCUUCAUCUCGACUUGGAAGGUAAGCCACUCUGGUUCAACGGCUGGCUCCUCGACAAUAAGUUCGCCGACAAAAAACAAAAGAAGUUCGGUAAAUUCGAACACUACCUCAUCGAGCCACGAGAUGUCCGUGAUCCUGGAGCGUGGCAGCUCGAGGAAAGUAACAUGUGUUGCUUAACGACCGACGCUCCAUUGAAGCGAGACUUCUCACCGGAGGAGAAGUCUGUACUGGCUAUGAUGAUCCAGCAGGCCAAGGACGUGGGUGUUGCUGGAUGA